CACUUCCGGAUAACUUCCUAGCUGUCAUGUUUGAAGUCUGGCUAUUAAAAAAAAUGAACAAAACAUGACAAUAUCACCAGAAAUCUUUUUACGUUACAGGUGAGCGGAAUGAGAGAGACGGACACUACGUCAUCACGUGCUGACGUAUUCCAGCUCUAAGACAAUAAAGGAGCUGUCUGAGCUCCCAGAGCUGCCUGUUAGUCUGGUUUACCUGCUUGGCUGCAGAUGGAGAAACUAAUAACCGUGCUCACAGAGAAACAUGUUCUUUUCACGGCUUCCUUUGCUGUCCGACUGGUCCUGGUGGCUUAUGGGGACUACCAGGACAGGACUAUGGCGGUGAAGUUCACUGACAUAGACUACCAUGUGUUCACAGAUGCUGCAAGAUUCAUUACUGAGGGUCAGUCACCGUAUAACAGAUCGACCUACCGCUACACGCCUCUGCUAGCCUGGCUGCUCACCCCGAACAUCUACCUCAGCAUGAUGUUUGGAAAGAUCCUCUUCAUCGUAUGUGAUGUGCUGUCAGGACUGCUCAUCUACAGAAUCCUGCGUCUGAGAGGUCUGGGCUCUGAGACUGCACGUCGAGUUUGUUCUCUGUGGCUCCUCAACCCGCUGCCCAUGGGAGUGUCCAGCCGAGGGAAUGCUGAGUCGAUCCUGGCAGCCCUGGUGCUGGGCACAGUGCUCUGCAUGGAAGCCCGGCAUCUGAUGUGGGCAGCCGUACUCUAUGGACUAUCAGUCCAUAUGAAGAUCUACCCCAUUACAUAUGCGCUGCCCAUCGCUCUGGCCCUGCGCACGCCAGAGACCAGAUCAGAGGACAGAAAGGCCCGGAGGUGGAGGAGGUUCAUCAGGUUUAUGGGAAGCUUCCUCAACCGGGAGCUGUUCCUCUUUGCUAGUGUGGCUGGAGGAGUUUUCUGUCUGCUAACAGCUCUCUUCUACAUCAUGUAUGGAUGGGAGUUUCUCCAUGAGACAUACUUGUACCAUCUGACCAGAAGAGACAUCAGACACAACUUCUCUCCAUACUUCUACAUGCUCUACCUCACCACAGACAGCAGGUGGAGCCAGUGGUUUGGUCUGGCAGCCUUCCUGCCUCAGCUCAUCCUGCUGCUGGUGGCAUCAUGGUCCUUCCACUCUGACCUCGCCUUCUGCUGCUUCCUGCACACCGCCAUCUUUGUCUCCUUCAACAAAGUCUGCACUUCACAGUACUUCCUGUGGUACUUGUGUCUACUCCCUCUGGUCCUCCCUCACCUCAAUCUGUCACUGAAACAGGGAGUGGGACUGCUGCUCCUCUGGUUCGCUGGACAGGGUGUCUGGUUGGGCCCAGCCUACUUCCUGGAGUUUGAAGGCUACAACACCUUUCUGUUGAUCUGGCUGGCUGGAUUACUCUUCCUGAUCAUCAACUCCUCCAUCUUGUUUCAGAUCGUAGCCCGUUACAAACCACCACAAACUGCACAGAGACUGAAGGAUGAAUAACUACCAGUCAUUUUAACUUGAGAUGAUAGAAUAUGUAUCUAUGUUCAAAAAAUAAAGUGUGUAUUUUGGUAAUUCCCUGUCUCCCCUGUACUUUUUUACAGUGGUGGAAGAAGUAUUCAGAUCCCUUACUCAAGUAAAAGUACUAAUACCACACUGAAAUUACUCCACUACAAGUAAAAGUCCUGCAUUCAAAACUUACUUAAGUAAAAGUACAAAAGUAUCAGCAUCAAAAUGUACUUAAAGUAUCAAAAGUAAAAGUAUUCGCAAUGCAUAAUGGAUUCACUCAGAUUGUCCAAAUAUAUUAUUGUAUUAUUAUUUUUGAUGCAUUUAUGUUAGCUUUGAAUUUACUGUUGUCAACAUAGGGCUCAUUUUAACUACUUAAUAUACUUUUGUGUGGUUUAAUUAGUACAAAUUUUAAAUCUAUUAUGUUUUAUGUUAAAUCUCGACCUGAAAAGUAACUAAAGUAACUAAAGCUGGCAGCUAAAUGUAGUGGAGUAAAAAGUACAAUAGUUGCCUAAAAAUGAAAUGAAGUAGAAGUAAAAAGUGACAUAAAAUGGAAAUACUUAAGUAAAGUACAAG